ACCGGCACCGGGCCGGGCCCCGGGGGGACGCACCGGGCGGGGCGGGCACCCCCGGCUGGACAGCGGCUCCCCCAUGGCGGKGAUUCCCCGGUUGUCGGGGCUGUCGGGGUGGCUGAUUCGCUCCAGCUGCCGGGGGGACACCCCAAUCCUAUUCCAGCAUCCAUGGGRCAGCUCCAGGGUGCAGGGUUGGGGGUGUAAAGGACGAAAAAACCCAAACCCCCGACUUUCCCCCCAAAAAAAAAGCAGUUUCCAGCCCUGUCCCGUGCGAGGGGUGAGGCUGCCCGGUUGUGCUGCCAAACCAGGUGGGGAAAAGGCAGGAAAAGCCUCCCGGUGCUGCUGUGUCGGCCACCGAGGGGAGCUGAGCUCCGGCUGUCACCUGUCCCUGUCCCCCCGCCCUGUCCGCAGGGGCCACCGCGCCUACCUGAGCAGUGCCCCGCACUAUGACUUCCCCCGGUACCGGCAGCUGGUGCACGAGGUCACCGUGGCUUUCAGCGGCAUCUCCCGGGAGGUGCUGGACAUGGCCGGGCGCCUGCGGGACCCGCUCGGCCGCCCCGACCUGGCCCAGCACCUGGCCCGGCUCCAGGAGCGCGAGCAGGAGAAGCUGCAGCUGACGGCGCAGCUGCAGCUGGCCCGGCAGCAGGCGCAGGAGCAGCCCGAGGUGGACGCUCAUCAGCAGGAGGUGCGGCAGCUCAAGCACAGGCUAAUUAAAACCAUUGAGGCAAUCAGCGAAAUUCUCCAGGACCUUAAGUACGAUUCGGAAGAAGUUGAGUGAUGGGUGUCCCCGUGGGAACGGCUGCAGGGGCCGGCUGGUGGGACGGGGGCCCCGCUCGCCCCCCGCCCGCUCCCGGGGCACCUCGGCAGGGUGGGCAUCGUCCUCCCGGGCCCUCUCCGGGCUGCGAGGGSUGCACAAACCCCUCCUGGGACAAGCGGGGUGCCCCUAAAUCCUGAUCCCCUCAGCAGAGGGGUCUGGCCCGGGGCUGGGUCCCCUCCCCGGCCGUGCCAAAGGCAAACCCCACAACCUGCGGUGCCAAGGGGCCGCCGUGGUUUGUCCCCGUCUGGGUGGGCACUGUCCGUGCUGCCAGCUGGAGCCCCCCAGACCACCCCUCGGAGCCCGGCUGUGCCCCCAGCCCCGCAGCAGCUCCGSAGCUCCACCAGCCCUUUUUCUACGGUGAUCCCCAAUAAACGUGUCCCCCCAGA